AUGAAUUUAAUGCCUGCUCAGUGCCUCCUACUGCAUCGGGACGUCUUCAAUGCCAUGCUGGGGAGCUUGGGUCAAAUCCAGCACGUUUGGCGGUUCGAGGCGCUGAGGAGAGUGCCUAUAUUGGCGCAGCUCACGCCCGCUCAGAGGUCCUCAUUAUGCUCGGCGUUCAAGCAGGAGUCGUUCAAGGCUGGGAAGCGUAUUGUAAAGCAGGGGGAGCAAGGUGACAGGUUCUAUAUAGUAGAGUCUGGAAUCGUUGGAGUAUUCAAGGACGGCAGCGAGAUGCCGCUCGUCAAACUUGGCCCCACCUCAUACUUUGGGGAGCUGGCCUUGCUGAGGAACGACAGGCGCGCCGCUUCAGUGGUCUGCCUCACAAACGUGACCGUCCUCUCGCUGAACAGGGCCGGAUUCGAUGAACUCCUUGGACCUCUGCAGCAAAUCAUGCAGAGCCAGGCAUCAGCGUACGACGCGGUCACGGGCAACAAACUUGGGUCGCAAGUGAAGCUUGAAGAUUUGAAGAGGCACGGGGUCCUUGGUACGGGAGGGUUUGGCCGCGUGUUGCUGGUGUCCCAUGGCGGCAAGUACUACGCUCUGAAAUGCAUGAGCAAGGCGUACGUAAUGGAGUCUGGCUUACAGGAUCAUGUCAAGAGAGAAAGGGAUGUCAUGCUGGAGUUGCAGUGCCCCUUCAUCGUGAAUCUUCUGGCGACGUUCAAGGACAAUUACACCAUCUACAUGCUCAUGGAGGCCAUCAUGGGAGGAGAGCUUUUCACAUACCUUCAGAAAAGAAGGAGGCCGCUGAGCGAGAGCCACGCCAGGUUUUACGCGGCCUGCGUUAUUCAAGCAUUUGAGUACUUGCAAGAAAGCCAUGUGGUUUACCGUGACCUGAAGCCCGAGAACCUCCUCAUCAACGUCGACGGUUACCUCAAAGUCACCGACUUCGGCUUCGCAAAGAAGAUGGCUAGUGGGGGAAAGACAUACACCCUUUGUGGGACUCCAGAGUAUUUGGCGCCAGAACUGGUGACACAGACUGGCCACAAUCAUGCAGCUGACUGGUGGGCUGUGGGCGUACUCAUAUUUGAGUUGGUCACUGGGCGUCCACCUUUCUAUGAUGAUGAUCGCGUAAAGAUGUUCAAGAAGAUCUGCGAUGUAAAAUACUCACCUCCGCCAAACUUCUCCGAGGAGCUCAAGGACUUAAUCAGACGCCUCCUUGUGAGAAAGCCUGCCAUGCGACUGGGAGCGCAAAAAAAUGGAGCCGCCGACGUCAAGUCGCACCCAUGGUUCCGAGGGUUCAACUGGCCAGCUUUUGAACGCCAGCAGGUCCAACCUCCCUACGUUCCCAAGGUAAAGCACGCUCCAGACAUUUGCCCUCACAGCAGACGUGCAGUAGCUGAUUGGUCAAUAUGA